AUGCUCUACGACCUCAACCUCGCCUGGUCGCCCGCCGCCCCCCCCGACCGCCUCCUCCAGGCCCUCUCCCUCUCUGCCUCGCUCGGCUACGCCACCGUCGCCCUCAACCACACCCUCGAGCUCCCCCUCCCCGCCAAGCCCGUCUCGCCUUUCCCCAAUCACCUCGACGCCGCCGGCACCACCUCGCCCGCAAGCAAGCUGCCCCAUGUCCUCCACCGCGCCACCCUCCUCCUCGCCGACCCGGCCGCCUCAAACUACCGCCUCCCCGCCCUCGCCACCGUCUACGACGUCCUCGCCAUCCGGCCCCUGACCGAAAAGGCCUUCCAGAACGCCUGCCUGACCCUCGACGUCCCCAUCAUCUCCCUUGACCUAACCGUCCACUUCCCCUUCCACUUCCGCCCCAAGCCCUGCAUGGCCGCCGUCGCCCGCGGCAUCCGCUUCGAGAUUUGCUACGCUCAGCUCCUCGCCGCUGACUCGCGCGGCCGUGCAAACUUCAUCGCAAAUAUGUCCAGCCUCGUUCGCGCCACCCGCGGCCGCGGCUUCCUCAUCAGCAGCGAGGCAAAGACAGCCCUGUCCCUCCGCGCACCCGCCGAUGUCGUCAACCUCUUGAGCGUUUGGGGCCUCGCCAGUGAAAGGGGACUCGAGGGCUUCCGCUCCAUCCCGAGAAGCGUCGUUGUCAACGAGGGCAUUAAGAGAAACGGCUUCCGCGGCGUCAUCGAUGUCGUCCAAGUUGCCUCCAAGGACGCCAACGGACCGGUCGCCAAAUCAGCGAGCCACGCCGCGGGUCCCGGCACCACUGCCGACGGCUCAGCAAGCCGCACCAAGAUUCAGAAGCGCAAACCUGGCGGCGACGACGGUGGCCAGCCCACGAGCAAGCGGCAGGCAAAGAAGAUGAAGCUGGCGACGCACUCGGCCAGUACCGAGAAGCCCCAGCACUAA